UAAUUUUCCUACACUGUGACCAUCGGUUUUUCAAUACACUUAAAAAAGAUAACUUGUUUCGUUUUUGUUCUGUGUUUUACGUUAAUAAACGUCUAUUUUUGAAACAGACAUCAUUCACGCUGAAGUGUUGCCGCUACAGCGCUGAAGUAGAGGAAGAGUUUUGACGCAAUCCAGAACUUGAACGUAGUUAGAUUACAUUGUUCUUCCGAGUUGCCGUGAGUUUAUCGCUUCCAAAAAUCCAGCGGUCGCACGUUUGACCUUCUUAAACGCCCAAACGCUGCAUUUGACUGUCUGAAGUUUCCUCGCAGCGCCUCGCUCUUAUACGAUGUUAGCGGUGCGAUCGUUGAUUUCUAAGCAAUGUCCCUUUUUGGUGAAGUCUCAGAUCGCCAGUCUGAUCCACACAAGCGCCAACAGCUAUAGCAGCGCCAAAGUCGCUGUGGUCCUGUCUGGAUGUGGAGUGUAUGAUGGCACAGAGAUCCAUGAGGCAUCAGCAAUCCUGGUGCACCUGAGUCGGGAAGGUGCAGAGGUGCAGAUGUUUGCUCCUGAUGUGACUCAGAUGCAUGUGAUAGAUCAUGGCAAAGGGCAGCCUGCAGAAAAGGAAUCAAGAAACGUGUUAGCUGAGUCGGCUCGCAUUGCCAGAGGCAACGUCACUGACCUGGCUAAUCUGAAUGCCAGUAACCAUGAUGCAGUCAUUUUCCCUGGAGGCUUUGGAGCAGCCAAAAAUCUGUCAACUUUUGCUGUUGAUGGAAAAGACUGUAGUGUGAAUAAGGAGGUGGAGCGCAUCCUAAAGGACUUUCAUAAAGCAGGGAAGCCUAUUGGAUUGUGCUGCAUUGCUCCAGUGCUGGCGGCGAAGGUGCUGCCUGGUGUGGAGGUGACAGUGGGGCAUGAGGAGGAGCAGGGGGGGAAAUGGCCGUACGCUGGCACCGCUCAGGCCAUCAGUGCCCUCGGUGCCCAACAUAAGAUAAAGGAGGUCACCGAAGCCCACGUUGAUCCGAAGAACAAGGUAGUAACCUCUCCUGCGUUCAUGUGCGAUACGAAGCUACACCACAUAUUUGACGGGAUUGGCGCCAUGGUCCGAGACGUCCUGAAGCUCACUGGGAAAUGAGGAUACAUAUGUGGAACAGCAGAAAGAAUUCCAAGUUUCCUCAAGUGGACAGUCAUUAUAAAUCAAAAACCUAUCUGUGAAGACGUUCAUGGCUGCAUUUCUAAUCAGUUUCCAGCAGAGUGUGCUCUCGACACUGAGACAGCAUGAACUCGAAGUAGUGCAAGAGAGCAGUAUUUUGAAGAUUAAAAGAAAACUUUGAGAUGCAUCUGUGAUAAAUUAUUUGUGCCUGAUAUGUAUAACUUUUCAAAUUGUGAGUUGUCUGUAAAUUAAUUAAAGUUCGAUUAAAAAAGGGUAUUUUUAUUCCUUUUGAA